AUGGUGAAUCAAGAGUCUGGUGUUGGUGCUGCAGUAUGCAAUUAUAUAUCUGCUAGAUCAUUGGAUGAUGUCAAGUACAUGUUGGAGCACAUCGGCAAUGUCAAGGCAAACCCAGUCCUAUGUGAAUGGGCCGCUCUCAGUGACCAUAUAGAGGUGUUUGAACACGUCAUUAGCCUGUUCACACUGGACCAACUGGAGGAUGAUGCUGUGGAUUGUAUCAUCACGCAAACACUCACUCGCGAUAGGAAUCAUCUUGGCUUUCUCCAGGCUUUUCUCAAGCACUAUGGACUCAGUAGUACCAUUUUACGACCAACUACCGAGACACUUCACAACAUGGUCAUAUACAACUCUCAUCACACCUUGGACUACUACUUCAACACGCCAUCAUUCACCAACAUGUCCCAGUCAGAGCGACUGAGCAUCAUCCACUCAAUCAAGGACAAAGGAUAUGAGUAUGGAACAACUCGAGUGAUUAAACUAUGCAAUGACCAGAUCAAUGCAAUCUCCUAUUCAUAG